AUGGGAAGAAUUCGUAGAUCAAGAACUCAUAAAAAUAUACGAGAUCAUUAUAGAAAAUACAGAACAAGAAAUUAUACAAAAGAUUUAGAUCAAAUUCAUGAAGAUUUAAAAAAGCUAACCGAUGAAAAAAUGAUGAGAAUUGAAGAAAAAAUAGAGAGUGGAAGUGGUGAAAAGUUACCAGGAUCAGGAAAAUUUUAUUGUAUUCAUUGCGCUCGUCAUUUCAUUGAUUCUCAUGCAUUAAAUGAACACUAUCGUGGAAAACUUCAUAAAAGACGUAUAAAGCUUCUUAAAGAAACACCUUAUUCUCAAAAAGAAGCUGAGGCUGCUGUGGGAUAUUCCACUGAAAACUCUAGAAAUAAAUCUUUAUUGAAUGAUAUUAUCAUCACUUAA